GCUCAAAAGGUGAAUUUACAUCCCCUGCGCACAACCCCUAGCAAUCACUGGGUCCAUCGUAUAAGCCGCACGGCUUGCGAGGGAAUAUUCUGGAUGUCGUGUCGUAAAGGAGACGUGAGAGGAACGAGAGGCGCGAUCGACGUUGAGUAAAGAGCGUCGCUUGGUGGUUCGCCACGAAUGGGGUGGCGUUGCGUUACCGCGAAACGACGCCCGACGUCGUGAAAAAAAAAAAAAAAAAAAAAAAAAAAACAGGAACGAGGACAGCGACGACCAGGGUGCAACAAGCGUCCGCGGGUGUCACGCCGGGCAAACAUGAGCGAGCGGAACUCGCGGUCCGUUGCGAGGGUUGUUCUGUGCGCUUCGUAUCGCAUGGAAUACGUCAAAAUGGAUGUACGUCGAAAAGCAAAGGACAUGGCACACCUGUAGAUCCGAAAUGCCGGACUAGCGCGAGAGAGAGCGAGAGAGAGAGAGAGAGAGAGAGUGAGAGCGAACGGCCGACCAAGUAGAGAGCCAGCGCAAGAAGCAGAGCAGAGCAGUGUAGUGAGGACAAAGUAGAGAGCCAAGCACAAAGUAGAGAGCGAGUGGGUGAGAACGAUAGAGAGAAAAGCACACCCCCCCGAAAAGAAUAAAGCUCGCGCGAAAGGAGAAUGAGUCACGUUCAACAGCAUGUGCUUGCGAGCGCGAUAGUACUCGCGCUGUUAGUGGUACUCGGCAUCCAUGUCUUCCUGUUUCCCAUGUACACGUUGACCUCGCCAACGCGCCACACCAAGAUCUCCGUAUACGAGCAGGCACUGUGUCGCACAACCAUCAAGAGCAACGUGCGGGUGACGGCGGAAUGGCGUAACAAUCCCUGUCCCAAGUACGGCAUAGUGUCGGCCGCGCAGGGCGGCAGACUCGGUAAUCAGAUCUGGGAAUACGCUUCGGUGUGGGCGACAGCACGACGCACCGGUCUCGAACCGUUUAUGCCGCGCUGCAUCCUCAAGACUCUGGAAGAGCACUUCGAGAAUCUCAGCAUCCCGCCGCUCAGCUACAUUGGCAAAUGUAUUCUGGACCUCGGCCAGGUGGUCAACUCGCUUAGCCAGUGGAACAGCACGGAGCAAAACAUUAUCAUACCCAGGCACGCGGCGUACUGGUCUUUGAUACUGGUCUGGUUGGAUGACGUGCGACGGGAAUUUACGUUCAAGCCGAGCCUGAGAUUGUACGCGGAGAAGGUGCUGAGGCACGUGGCGGAGAGAUUCAACCUGUCCUCGCCGACUUACGUGAGCGUACAUGUGCGCAGAACUGAUUAUAUAGAUUACCUCUGGCAGAAGAUGAAGACGCGACCCGCGCCGGUAAGUUACUACUUGUCAGCGAUGAAUUAUUUCGCUGACAAGUACAGCGACGUGAUUUUCAUAAUAACGAGUGAUAAUAUCACCUGGUGCAAGUACAACUUGCGCAGCGCGCGUUAUCGCAUUAGUUACGUGUCGGAUAAUGACGGAAAAGGCCCAGGAAAAGAUCUGGCGAUUUUGGCCGCGUGUAAUCAUAGUAUAAUAGAUUACGGUACCUACGGUUCGUUCGGGGCAAUUUUGGCCGCUGGCGAGACCGUGGUCUACAAUGUAACAGCAUACUUUUCUACUCUGAUGGCUGACGUUCUACCGAAUUGGAAGAUAAUGAGUUGAACGAAAAAUCGGAUGGAAAUAGAAGGAACGUGAAUUUAAUCGAACUGCUUUUACAUAUUUUGCAAACUCUAAUUUAUUGGCGGAAAAAAAUGAUAACAAACUUUUCUUCAAACUUUUUAAAUUAAUUUACAAGUCAAUUUCUGAGAAACGAUGAUCUCUUUUUAUUAGUACGUUGAAACAAAGCAUUAAAAUUGCAAAUUUUGAUGUUCACGCAUUUUCUAUCAGGUUGCAAGUUUUUAUAGACUACUCCAAUAAUUGUAUCAUUAUUUGUCGCUGCGCUGUUUUUAUACACGAGGUAUGGUAAUUUUGAAUCACUUGAAAGUAUAUCAUGCCUUUGUCCCGCUGUCCUAAUUGUAUAUCAUUUUACGUCCCGCUGUUCAUACGGAUAUGGUAAUUUUGAACUACUUGAAAGUAUUUAAUGCCUUUUUCCUGCUUAGAUACUGUACGUUUAUUUUCAUUUAUCUCCCCGUAACGUGUACGGAUAUAUGAUCGAUUCAUGGCUUAGAUAGAGUAGAUGCGCGGGAACUAAUAGUCAAAUCCGAUUAUAUAACAUCGGAAUGUUUUGUUUUCGGAGAUCGAUUCUUCUCGAAAGGCAAUGACGAACCACCGGGGUGUGUCGCACUUGCCAAGAGACUUCCCUUGAAUAGGUGUCUUAAUUACUUUUAGUGGCUCGUAGGUCUAUUUAAAGUAGUUAAACAGUAGGUAGGUCCCUUACGCUCGUUUAUGAACCCGCGCACUCUACGAGGUUAUAGCGUAGAAGGGAAGUAUCGUCGGGAUCGAACGGGAAGAAUUAUAUGAAUACACGAAUAUUUUGUCGGUAGACGGUUAGUAACAUUGAAUGAAAGUGUGUUGCUACAUGAAAUUUUUUAUGUGUAACGGCGUAAGUGCAUCAUUGUCAAAAUGCUUAAAUAACGAUAUUACGCAUGUAUUGUGUGUAUUACCCUUUCCUGUUUAAAUUUAAUGUGUGCACACACAAAAACUAGAAAUCGAUGCACUUUGUAAAUGUAGCGAACAAACCUCUCUCAAGAAAUUCGAGGAAAAGGUUUACAAUGGAACAACGGACCACUUAACUAAAAUUAAAAACAGAUGCUUAUUUUUUCUACGACUCUGAAUACUCGAGACACACAACGGCCGGAACAAAUUUGAUAAAACAAAGAAAAGUAGUCAAGACACGAAUUGAGAAUUCUUUGUUUCUUUUUUGUGAAAUAUACAGUGGUAACCAAACGAGCCUAAUUCAAAAAGGGAAAAAAAACACGCGUACGAAAAAAUUCUAAAUUUUGCAGUGCCCAUAAUUACGUGAUGAUUAAUCUCCAACUUUCGCGUGAUCUUUUCCGAAACUUAAAUUUUCUAAUAUAUUAGUUCGUAGGAUGUUUUUUUGUAUAGUUUUCUAUAUGUAGCCUAUAGCAAAGAGAAUUUUUCAGGUCGAUUAUGUUUACACGUUCCAAUAUGUAUCUCAUAUCUCGUAGCGAGCGUGUAACAUAUACUUUACAAACCCACAUACAAAAAAAGAACAAAAAACCAAAAAAAAACAAAAAAACAAACCACGUUGACAACCAUCUAUAAGUCUUAUGAUGUACAAUGAUUUCAACUGUGAUUCUAUUUCUUAUUGUGCCAAAAUUCUUAAUAUACA